GCUCCGCAAGCUUGCUCUCGUGGUAACAUGCUCGGUUGCUGCCGACGCGUUCCUGCAGCCCCUGCAUGUGUCGCCUGCUGCUGCCCGUCAGCUCCCUGUCUCUCCUCGCGCCGGCAGAUCCUCUUCGGUCACCUCGCUCAGCAUGUCCAAGGAAAGCGUGCUCAUCAUCGGGGGGACCAGGUUUUCCGGAGCUUACUUGUGGAAAGAGCUCGUGGAUCGCGGGCACCAGGUCACCCUGUACAACCGCGGCAAGACCUCGCCCAAGCCCCUCCCGGGAGAGAGUGAGAGCGACUACAAGCGUCGCCUGGAGACCACAAAGUACUUGAUGGGAGAUCGCAAGGAUCCUGAGCAGAUCAAGAACCUGGUGGAUCCAUCCUUGUACACUUAUGUUUAUGACAUGAACGGAAGAGAGGCCUCGGACACGGCUCCCCUCGCCGACCUCUUCACCACCAGCCGAUCUGAGCUCAAGUCCUUCAUCUACAUGAGCUCAGCUGGAGUUUACAAGAAGUCAAGUGAGAUGCCCCACAUGGAGCAUGAUGCUGUGGAUCCCAAGAGCAGGCACAAGGGCAAGUUGGAGACUGAAGCUUACCUCCGAUCCCUCGGCGGCAACUUCAACUGGUGCUCCAUCCGCCCCACCUACAUCUGCGGCCCUCAGAACUACAACGUUGUAGAGCAGUACUUCCUUGAGCGCGCUGACGCCAAGCGAGGAUUCAUUGUGCCUGGACAUGGCGAACAUCUUACUGGGUUCGGCCACGUCAAGGAUCUUGCUGUCGCCAUGGCUAAUGUGAUUGGACGUGAGAAGAAGACCAACGGACAGGUCUACAACAUUCAGAACACCAACGCUAUCACCUUCGACGGAGCUUGCAGGGUUGCUGCUGAAGUUGUCGGAACCAACCCGGACGAUGUUGAGAUUGUCCACUACAACCCGAAGGAGUUCAAGUUUCCCGAGGGCAAGAAAGCUUUCCCCAUGCGCCCCCAGCACUUCUUCACCAACGUCGACAAGGCGAGGAGGGACCUUGAGUGGGAGCCGAUGUUCAACUCCUGCCGCGAGAUCUUCCAGGACUCCUACACCAACGACUUCCUCCUCAAGAAGGCUGCCGGCAAGCUCGACAACGACUUCACGUGCGACGAGAUUGUCUUUAGCCAGCGGAAGCCGGUUACCAUCUAGAGGAUGAGAAUGAAAGACAUCUAGACUG